GCAUAGGUGGGAUCUGGGACAAUGAGAUCGUAACGCCGGAAGAGCCAAAACAAGUUUAAAAAGGGGCUUGUGCUGUACUGCCUAUCGAGUUUAUAAUAGAUAAGAUGAAUACGCGAAUCAGACCGGGCUAUCACCGCCUGGAAAUUAACAAAACAUCAUGGGAAGUACCGGAGCGGUACCGGGAUCUGAAGCAGGUGGGGACCGGAGCGUACGGGACGGUAUGCUCUGCAGUAGACUCAAGAACAGGAGCAAAGGUGGCAAUCAAGAAGCUCUACAGACCGUUUCAGUCUGACAUCUUUGCAAAACGGGCCUACAGGGAGCUGAGGCUUCUCAAACACAUGAAACAUGAAAAUGUGAUUGGCCUGUUAGAUGUGUUUACAGCUGACCUCUCUCUGGACAGAUUUCGUGAUUUUUAUCUGGUGAUGCCCUUCAUGGGGACAGAUCUGGGGAAGCUGAUGAAGAUGCAGAAGCUCUCAGAAGAAAAAAUUCAAUAUUUGGUUUAUCAGAUGCUUAAAGGGCUCAAGUAUAUCCAUUCUGCUGGUAUCAUUCACAGGGACCUCAAACCAGGAAAUCUCGCUAUCAACCAAGACUGCGAGCUCAAGAUCUUGGACUUUGGCUUAGCCAGGCAGGCAGACAGUGAGAUGACGGGGUACGUAGUAACUCGCUGGUACAGAGCCCCAGAGGUGAUCCUGAACUGGAUGCACUACACUCAGACGGUGGACAUUUGGUCAGUGGGCUGCAUCAUGGCGGAGAUGCUGCAAGGAAAACCUCUUUUUAAAGGCAGUGACCACCUAGAUCAGCUGACUGAGAUCAUGAAGCUCAUAGGAACACCGUCACAGGAAUUUAUAUCAAAACUAGACUCUGAGGAUGCAAAAUGCUACCUCAAAAGCCUUGGAAAAGUGGAAAAGAAAGACUUUCAGAAGGUGUUUUCCACAAGUAAUCCACAAGCCGUGUCAGUGCUGGAGCGAAUGUUAUUGCUAGAUCCAGAAAAACGGGUAACUGCUGCAGAAGCUCUCACGCUGCCUUACUUCACUGAGUUUAGAGACCCAGACGAGGAGACGGAAGCACAGCCAUAUGAUCACUCACUAGACAAUGCAGAGCUGACUUUGGACCAGUGGAAACGUCACACCUUCACAGAGAUCUUGUCUUUCAAGCCUGUUGUGCUGGAAACCAAGGAACCUUCCAAGGAAACCUCACUGUAACAUGCACAGAGCUGACGCUGCAACCUGGAACCAGAACAAACAAACACAUUUUUUUAAUGACAAUCUCAACUAUGAAAACUCAACUUAAUGAAUGUAAACUGGCCCUGUUCUCAUAAGUGCAAGCUGCUGUGGGAUUUUUCAUGACAGUUAAGUAGACACUUUAUUUGUUCUAAAAUAAUAAAUGUUUCAUUAGAAUACAAAGUCUCAGCUGCAAAUCAAGUGGCUUUAUAGUAACACGUUAAAGGACUGUGUGCAAGAUUUGAGUACAUCUUACCCAAAGUUUAUAGGUUCAGAAUUCUUUGGACAGAUAUGCAUGAAUAUUAAACAUCUGUGGAGAAGUUAAUGAAGCCAUUAACCUAUAAACAUCAGUCGACACUUGUGUCAUCCCUGUUGGUGCUCUCCUUGGCUACAGCCCUGCCCUAUAAGCUGUUAAUUGUCAUGGGUCCUCCUGCCUUUAGUCUAAUAUUCAGUAAGAGGAAUAGAGCUCAGCAGGAUUAUCAAAUCAAGGACAGCCUAGAGAAAUACUUUGAACACUGACAAGGAAACAUGUCCACAUGCUUCCUUGAGAGUAUUGCCAUGAAGUGGAGCUUUGAAGUGCAAAUGAUUUUCCAGUCAUCACAAAGAUUUAUUCACCUGUGUUACCUAACCUUUGACUUUGGCAAAUCAACCACCUUUAGUAUCUCUUUUAUCAUUUUAUUCCUUGUACUGACAGAAAACUUUACCUUAAUCUAAAAGGUCACAUGUGACCAUUUGCUUGUCCAUCUAUUUUGUGUGUCUCUCCAACCAGAGCUUUGGCUGUGGAAGGAUUCACGUCUCUCUAUCUCCCAAAAAACACGUUCACUACUGAUGCAAAGCCAUUCACAAACUCAUCGUGACUUAAAGCAGAGACUUGGCAUUUUAAUGUUGCAUUUGUUAAUUUAUUUUGGAUUUGUGCUUCAAUCACAGAACCUGAAAAGUAAAAACUACACAUAGAACUGUCCCAAUUUCAGUUUCAGUUAAAUUUCUGUCAAAGGGGUACAGAUAUUUGUUUUCUAAUAGUUCUACUGAAUCCAUGACUAUCUAUCACCUGGUACAAUUUAAGUAUUCCCACCUUUAAUGAAGAACUUUAGUAUUUUAGAAAUAGAAAUACUGAAAUUCAUUAAGAAUCUUUGAAGAAAAUCAUUGUUAAUAGGAGGUUGUUGAGUUAAUUGUAUUGUAUUUAAAAGUACGAUUAUUAACAAAUGCUUGUAAUUUAUGUUAAUAUGCUAUUUUGCAACUUCCGCAUUAUUUGCAACUUGUCUUGAAGUGUGUGCGUGUGGGUGUGUAUGUGUGUAUGUGCACUGUGGUUCAUGUGAAAUCCCUCAGCAGGGUAUGCACAAACAUUCACGUUUUAAUUUCAAAACCAAAGGUUUCUGAUUGUUUCAACUUUGUAAAGGUUGCAAAACACACCUUCUCUAGUUAUAUGUGAACAAACGUUUCCAGCGACACUUGUGCAGUUUUUAUAUUAAAGGUUCUCUUUAAAAAUG